UUAACAAGCUGAUUAGAGGAAGUCGUCUAGAAAGAUUACAUUGUGUAAGUUGUGAGUGCAGGAAAGGAAAAAAAUGCACUGAUAAAAUUUCCGCAUUUACAAUAAAUAUAUACGUGCUACCUUAAAGUAAGAAGUACUGAGAGCACAACAGCAGGAGUUUCCUCUGAUCUUUUUUCCUCCCUUAGUUGUGCCGGAAUGGAUGAAGUGUCCACAACAGCUUUAACUACCUUGGGUAGACACAGAGAAGCCCCUUUAAACACUACCUCCAAUAAUGAUCCAAACAUCACAACAGGCUGUAUAAUUGAAGAUGGAUUUUUAUCAGUGCUACUUCCUAUAACAUAUUCUGUGAUAUUUAUCGUUGGACUAGUAUGCAACAUUGUGGCACUCUGGGUUUUUUCCAUCAGCCAUAAACCACGGACAUCUAUUGCUGUCUAUUUGAAAAAUCUCGCCAUCGCAGAUCUGCUACUGGUCUUAUGCCUACCAUUUCGAAUUGCUUUUCAGAACACUACAGGUCCACAUAUACUUUGUAAAAUAAUCGGCUGUUUUUUCUACAUUAACAUGUACGCAAGCAUUUUGUUCUUGAGUCUGAUUAGCCUGGACCGUUAUCUGAAGAUUAUAAAACCUAUUCAGGUCUUUAAGAUUCAAAAGGUUGAGCACAGCAUCACUUUGACACGUGUUGUGUGGUGUGUUAUUAUUUUAUUCACUAUUCCAUUUUUCUUUGAAUCUAAAAUAAAUGACAAUGAUCCCUGUGGCAAGAAAUGCUUCCACUUUCGACAAAAAAAAGUUCUACCUGGAGUUAUCAACCUGAUAGUGGUGGCUCUAUUCUUUAUUCUUUGUGGGUUAUUUCUACUUUUUUAUGGAAAUAUUGCUAAAAAGCUUAAAACAAUUUCCCUGAAAGCUGAACAACAACACCUCAAAAAAAGAAAAUAUGAAAUUAUCAUGAAAACCUUCAUCGUCCUCAUCAUAUUCCUUGUCUGCUUCUUGCCCUACCACAUUUUUCGUGUGCCGUAUGUGUUCUCACAGAUGGACGUAAUAAAGCAACUAAGCUGGAAACAGACACUGCACUUUGCUAAUGAAUUUGUUCUCUGCCUGUCUUCUCUCAACAGCUGCUUAGAUCCACUCAUCUACUUUUUUCUUUCUAGUAAGUACAAAAAAACAGUUGUCUCCGUGAUUAAAGGAAAGUUCAAAGCAACAUUUUCUAUACAUCAAAGAGCUCCAAGCAUUGUGAGGUCAGUCACUGAAACAAAAGUCGCACAGCUAGUCCAAACUGACAUGCUGAUGGUGUGCAUUGACCAGGAGGGUCAAAGUUGACUUGUUUGUGGUGCAGAAUAGUGCCGAAUUUAUGUAACACUGACUACGGUCUGAAAUCCGAGGACUUCAUACACAUGAAAGACAAUGAAAUAAUGUGCAGAUGUAUGUCACAUGUUACUCCAGAUGAUCUUUCUGAUUUGUUCAAUACACCAGUCGACUGUUUUCUUAGGCUGAUGUGCCAAGUUAAGUUCCUCUUAUCGUGUUAUGAUGUUACUUGUUGAUGUUAAAGGAAGAAACAUUAUACAAAGAUCAUUAUUGAGGACAGAAUAUGGUUUGAUCUUUGCAUUUUUGGAAAUCCCAGCUGGUUGACAUUUGAAACACAAACUCAAAAGGAAGAUGGACUGAAUCAGCCCUCCAGCUGAGUGUGUAGCUGUGCAGAAAGGAUGUGGGCAACAUCUCUAAAGAAAAGCUGCCUGGUGAUUCAUCUUACUUACUUUGGGAAAACAUCUAUCUAUAAUUUACAUAGAUACAAAUAAAUAUUAGAUUUAAGAAAGGCAUUUCAAGGAUAUGUAAAGGUUGCAUAAUUCAGUCAAUUUUUGCUCAAAUAUAUAUUCAUUUAUUACCAAUAUAGUAUAUUUCUAACAGAGAAAAUCAGUUA